AUGUCCAGAAUGAAGUCACUUCCUUUCCUGGGGGAAUUUGAAGAAACCCAAAACACAGUUAUUCUGCCUGAGAUGAACCAUGUGGCCAGCAGUGAAUCACAGACUUCAGCUGCUUUUGAAACAGAGGAGCAUAAUAAUAGGAAGAAUCUGAUGAGCUCCAGCAAGGGUUUGAAGGACAUGUCCUAUGGUGGUCUUAUUGGUGACGGAGGAGCAGACUUCAGACCUUGGCAAAAGAAAGAAGCUCCACCAGUUCCUCCACGGAGCACUUCUCGACACCUAGCAAAUUCACUUUCUGCAGUAGUACAGCUUUCUGAAGCACCCAUGAGAGAUCCGGGCAUCAAAAGCACUUGCAAAGUUCAGGACUGUAGGAGUGGAAGGAAACUGAUGAAUCCAUUGCCUAUAAAUCAAAAUGAAACCGCAGUGACAAAUGAAGGGCAGACUGUGAAAGGUCCUGUGGUGGUAACUGCUGCAAUACCUGUAACCAAAAAUGAGUGCAAUGUACCAACAAGUUUCUGCCACAACACGUGGGCAUAUGAUGCUGGCAAAGACAGUAAAAGUGAGUCCUCCCCACUGUCAUCCCAGAAAAGUUGCUCAGAUGGAAACAUGGCCCAAAGCAACAAGAUGCACCAGAAACAAAAUCCCAAGUCUCAUAGCAGUCUUUUUUACAGUAAUGACUUUUAUGCCCCUGCUACCCUGCACAGUGAUCUUUUGGGAGACUGUAGGUAUACUUUGGGAAAGACCCCAAGAAACGAAACUUUAGCAGCAAAGAUUGAUGAGUUUAACCGGACUGUAUUCCACACAGAUAAACGUAGCAAUGUUUUGCAAGAAAACAUGGUGAUUCGAACAGCAUCAGAAGAUCACAAACCCUGCAGCCCACCUUGUGACUCUGCUAUUAGCAGGACAGAAACUGUAGAUACAUCUUGUGUUUCAAAUCCUGAAUUGUCUGCACAAAAGGAAAAAGAAACCAGCAACCCCAGCAAAGCUGUCAGAUCAGCAGGGCAACAAAAGCAAGUAAAUGGACUUCCAAGUACUAGCAGUUAUAGACACAUGCUUCAUGAGCAUGACUGGAGACCAAGUAAUUUAUCCGGUCGCCCGCGUUCAGCUGACUCAAGGUCAAACUAUGGUGUUGUUGAAAAGCUUUUGAAAAACUAUGAAAAAUCCACAGUGACUUCUCCAUGUAAUGAAAAACACUGCAAAGAUAAGUGGACACGGGCAAACACUGAAUCUACCGAUGGGGGUUGUGAGAUGUUGAGUCAGUAUUUAGAAAUGCUUCAGAUUGAGCAAGGAAAGCAAGAAUUUCCGAGGAAUUCAGCCAGGCAUAUUGGGCAGCAACUCAAGCAAGGAAAGGAGAGACAGAAGUUACCAGAGAUAUCUGUGCCAGCUAAAUGUUCAAGUGGGAAGGGUUUCUCCCGACCAGCCCGACCAGCAAAUCGACGUUUACCUUCCAGAUGGGCAUCGAGAUCACCGUCAGCACCGCCUGCUAUGAGAAGGACAUCAUACAACUGCUCUGUCUCCUUUCGUUCAGAGACUUCAGUAGUCUGAACCCAGAGAUGGGUUGGGUGGUGUUGCGAAAGCUCUGCACCUCAUUGUAACUGUGUUUGACAUGUUACAGUGACCAGUUCUACCCUAUCCUAUCUUGUCCAAGAAUGACCCCAUCACAUGCCGGACAAAACAUUUCGAAUCUUAGGUCGUCAUCAUGGUCUUCAGUGUUUUUAUUAAGAUGGAACAACUAUAUCCCUGGUUUUCUCCUUUUUUUUUUCUUUUUUUUUUUUUAGUACUAGCUCACAAAGAGUUUAUUUGGAGUGGCAUCUUCCUUAAUUUGCCAAUCAGUUUUGAGUUGGAACAAUGUAUAGUGCUGUAUAUUCUGACUCUUCUGCAAACAGCAGAACGUAAAGCUGUAUGCAUGAUCAUGUGUUUGUAGGUGCAUGUGUUGGACUAGGAAGUAUACAGGUCUGUAUUUAGAAGAGAAAAACUGUGCUAGUGUUGACAUUGAAACUACAACCUAUAUGCCGACAUAUAUAUAUAUAUACUUUGUGUUAUUUUAAAAAGUUUGAAAUAUACAGUCCUGAUGACAUUUAUAUUUUGUAUAUCUUUUACAUAGGUUCACAGGUGUAGUAUUUAAUGUACAAAAACUAAAUAUGCAUUUUUGUGACUGAUUGCAGCGAUAAUGCCUUGCACAAUAUGUAUCUGAAGCAGACUAGCUCGACUGAUUUGUCAGUCAUGCUUCAUGGCAUCCUCGUUCAGUUUCCUAACCCUUAUGAUACUAGGUCAAAAUACCCAGACAUAUUUUUUCUGAAUUAAAAUAUUAUAUGAUUUGUAAUACAUUAACCUUUUUCAGCACCAGAGACAUUCCUGAAAUGACCGAAUCCCUUUAAAAAGCUUAAAUGCGCCAUUAUAUAUAUAGCAUACAGUAAACACUUCGGUAGUUUCAACUAGCGUAACAUACAAUUUAUGAAGGGAAGAUAAGAGUUGUAUAUGCUCAAUUCUGUGAAACUUAUUUUUCCUUCUAGCGCUAUACUUUGAGGUUUGGCAAAGUCAGAGAACAAUGGACUUGUUUACUCUCACUCAAGGCAGGAGAACAAGGACCGUUGUUGUUCCCAGCGCUGCAGGCACACUCCUUUUUUACUCUCCUCCUAGACUAGAGUGCCUGAGCCACUUGCUAAUGUACCGCUCCCUGACUGACUCGUGGCAGUCAGUUACGAAGUUUACGUGCACUCUGGCAACAAGCUGCAUCUAGUACGGAAAUACUGCAUCAAGAUAUCAUCACAGUGGUGCCAGAAAUCCCAGGCAAAUGGCAUUGGAAGUGUGUUUUUGCUAUCACCUGACUCGGCAUUAUGGGCCAUUGCGAUGAUGUGUACAGAGCCUGGCUUGUUCCUCCCCACAGUGUGAAAGAAACACAGAUACUACCCAGACUCUUGCUGAAAAGACGGUGUCCCUCAUCCUGGAAUUUUUGCACCCUUUUCAAAGCUGUUGCUGGAUGCGUAGUGUGGUAAAGAUGAUAUAUGUCGCCUUUAAACAACAUGUCUAGGUUAAAAGGAGUAAAGAGGUGCUUCAACAUCAGCCUAAUCUUGUCUUGCAACUUUUCUUCUUCUCCUGGAGAAACACAGUGUGUUCAAAGGAAUUUCAGAAAUCAUCCCAGGAUCCAUUAAUGUGCACAUUUCAUAUGUGAAUGUAAAAAGGAUUUCAGAGAGGGUAUAGGCUUUUGUCCUAGUGAAUUGUUUGUGUGGCAAUAUAGGGAAAAUUAGUUGUGCUUAAUUUGAUAGUGAUAUAUUGUCUUACUCCAAUCAUGAUAAGAAUCCACACCUUUUUGCUUCCUUUUAGGGCCUUAUUCUUCUUUCCUCUGCAUGACUAUAGUUUUGCAGAGAGAGAAAGCAGAAGACAGCUUGUUCUGAGCAAUAUACCCUCCAAGGUAGUAUCAAUAACUUUUUGGGCAAGCCAGUGUUGGAUUGAGCAAGUAUUAGAGCCAUAAAUCCAACCUUAGCCACGCUGUCAUGGCUGCCUGAUUGGCAAAAGCAUGCUCAGAAUAAUUUGCCCAGUCUUAACUUCCUGGUACUUUCUAUGUGUGAGUGGCAGGAAACCCCAUAACAAUUUAUGAAGGCUUCAAAUGGAUCUACAAUUCAUCAAAAUUCACUUGGACAUUAUUGCAAAGUAAUUACUGGAAAUUGUAUAAGGACAGAGAAUCUUGAAGAAAAUAUACAAUUUGGACAGAGGCAAAAAUCCGUGUGCUCAAGUGAAAAAUCAAGAGUAUUAUAAAUGUUCUUGUUUGACCUAAUUUAGAGAUUGCACUCCAUUAGCUUCCUUAGAACUAGAAAAAUUACAAAUGAUUUAUAGUGAAUUGGGAACCUUGCUUAGAAGUUUAUCUAACUGUGGAAACCGGCAAACUGAAAUGCCUUGCAAAUUGACCUUUUAAAUGCCUAAGUAGCUGAGCAGCUUUAAAUGCCUAAAGCUGAGGAAAGGUUAAUGUGAGAGAACUGUAAAAUUAUGGUUCUUAAUUUCAGAGUGCUGACUGCAAUCAAACUUCCUUCAGUUACCUUUAUGGUAAUGUUAAGCAGUUUUGUUCUGAAAAAUGGUGGUGCACUUUUGUUUGACGAAUGUAACUAUGAAAGAGUUUCCCUUAAUUAAUCAGUGAAGGUGUUUCUUUAGCUCACUUAAUUUUAUUUAUUUAUUUUUUGGUUGCUUUGGACAUAUAUCACAUUGUUGAAUAACAGAGAAAGGAUCAAAUACUUACAACAUUCCCUGAUGUAUGUAAGUUUAAUGAACAGAAGGUUUUUGAAAUAAAGAAUAAGUCCAUUUUGUCAAGAUUUUCUGUGUCCAUCUAAUUAUAGACAUGAUUCUGAUGCCUGAAAUUAUCAAAACUGGUGAUUUAGGUCUGUAGGUGGCUAGAUGAAUAUACCAAUUUUAGAAACUUGCUGCUGAAGCUAUUUAAAUAUCCUUUUCAGUCAUACCCAUGACAGGGCCAGUGCAGUGCACUGCUGUGAGUUUUUUAGUUCCCAGAACUGUGAUUACUGAACCAUAGUACUGGCUUCAUUGCACUUGCUGUAGGAGGAAAGAGCUCCAGGUUCCCCCAUAUGACAGGAAAAUGUAGUUAUCUUGGAAGCUCUUGGGCAAAAGAGGCUCUAUACACAUGCACACAGAUACACUCGUAAAAGAACCAUAAAUAGCCUAGGUAGAAUCAACUCUACUUAUUACAUAAUGCCGGUGUCGCCUACAGAAGCUGAUUGUUUUCUAAGCCAUUUUUUAAAAUAAGUUUUUAUUAUUCUUCUAUAUGCCAUCUCAAGUCUUAACGUCGAUACAGAGUCUUCUUACCUGUGCUUUGAACAAGUCUGGGAUCUUGUGAGUGUAUGCUUAGGGGCACUGAAAUAAAUGCAGCAGGGAAUUUUCAAAGUGUAAAAACCUUAAACCAAGUAAUAGGGUAGGCACAUUAAAGGGCACCCUCUUGCACACGAGAAAUCAGCUGCCCACUGAAAUAUUUAUAAGCUGAUGGAGACAUCAUCUUUCCCUCAAACUCUUUUAGGGAGGACCAUGGUGUGGAGGAAACACACAGGGAAGAGUGGGUCAGGCCUUGGCUCCAUAUACAACAUAGCAGGCCACCUGAGUGCUGCAAAACCUCUGGAUAUUGUUCCUCAAAGACAGAAUAUAUUUCCCCUAAAUGUUUUAUCUUUACAGUUUUAGUGAUAGACUUCUUAUAUAUCUUUAAAACGUUGCUGAAGGGAUGAACUUUGCUUGUUCUCCAUCAACAAUGCAAUUCUCUUUGACUGUUACUGUAAAGGAGUUAACUGUUAUGUAUAGCAAAGAACUGGCAAUCAAUGUAAUAUAACUCUCCAGAGCACUCAGAGCACCAGUUUAUUGCUCCAGUUGUCUACUUAAGAACUUGUACCUGUAAAUAAGAAUUUUCUAUCCAAAUGUCUUCAACAGCAUUUUAGCGAGCUCCACAGCAGCCCAGCAGGUAGGCCAUUUCCCUCAGAGUUUUGUUGUUUCUGGACCGAGCCUGAAUUUCCUAGCAUGAGAGAACUUAUGCAAUUCUCACAGUGCUGCUAUGCAAAGAAUUCCUUUGGCUUUGAGACCUGCGGUGUACAGCUGUAGCAAUUAUACUGCUGAUAUUCUCUAUUGAAUGGAUCUGUAGUGGACUCUUUGAUUGUGUACAUGCUUUUUAAACUGGAAGGCAGAAUGCAUUUCCUCUCGGUGCACUAAAUCAAAGCCCCUUGUUGACUCUGUCCUUUCCGUCCCUCCUUGAUUCCUGGUGGAUGUAUAUUUUUAGGUUGUUUAUUGCCACUGCUCUUUAUGUAUAUGCCAUACCACAGGACUUCCUAUUUGUACCACCAACAAAAUAUUUUUUGACAGCCUGUUCUUAAAAAUGCUGAUAUAAUUAUUGCCAUUCACAAAUAUAUUAGAACUUGUUGGUUCGCUUUA